AGGGAGGAUCUACACCAUUGCCGUGUCCAUCUUACCUUCUUUUCUAUCAUUUUUCUCUAGUCUCUCUAGUCUCUCUAUUCUCUCUAUCUGAAUUUCUCUCCUCCCCUUCUUUCAUUCGCUUUCAGUCAGCAGAUAGAACCCGAAUCACUCAUUUCAUACACACAAACACACUCCAUAUCACCGAUACUACCAUACCUCCUCCGUCACCAGCACGACUCAGGUAAUACCAUCGUACCAUCGUUUCCAAUCAUCUAUCCCUCUUUCGCCAUUACUUCGGCUGAUCUGAUGGCGACCACAACGACUUGGGGCAACUAUAGAGAUUAUCAAGGUCCUGCAAACCAGAAUCCAGGUUCGGCUCCAUCUAUUCACGUCCGUGAUGUCCGUUUGACCCUGCUCGAUAGCUUGCUUCCCGGUCUGUUCAAUGCCAAGAAUUGCCUUGACAUCGGUUGCAAUGCCGGGAGGGUCUCUUGCCAACUUGCUCUCGAUUUCGGCGCUGCUUCUGUCACUGGCGUCGACAUCGACACUAAGCUCGUAGACCAGGCAAGCAACCUGCUGGCCCUCCGUUCCUCACGUGUCCGCCCUGCGAACGCUCCCGCAACCGCCCACACCAACGCCAAUGUCAAUGCCAAUGACAAUGCCAGCGGCGACUGCUCCGAUUCCGUCGUCAAUUACUUUCCAAUGUCCGCCAUUUUGAAUCAUGGCUAUCGAUUCGAACCCCAGGGGAAAGGAACACGCCACUCGACGGCUUCCGCGCCUACCUCUGGGCCUGAGACAAACCAUCGCGUGCGAUUCGUCUCCGAGGAUUGGGUCGUGUCAUCUAACCCGGCGACCGAUGGGCCUUACCAUGUGAUCCUGGCCUUAAGUGUCAUCAAAUGGAUGCACUUGGAACAUGGCGACGAAGGGUUGGUGAAGUUCUUUCGCAAGUGCGCAGCGUCGCUCGCAAACGGCGGCUUCUUGAUCAUCGAGCUUCAAGAUUGGCAGUCAUACCAGAAGGCCGUCCGCUCGCAAAAGGGUCCACACUACCGCGAAAGCCUGGAGAAGCUGCAAUACCGGCCGGAGACGUCUUUCACAGAGCUAUUGCGAGAGCAGGGUUUCACAUCCUGUGCGACCUCUGAAGAAUUACCCCGCCGCAUCAGUGUAUAUUGUUUGAAAAAGUGAUGAUGGCGAGUACUCUGCCUGCGGGGAUGAGGAAGAUCAGAGGCGGGAGGAUUACCCUUCCCGCACACCGUUUGUGCAGUCACGGCCGUUGGCCCAACCCAUAUCCAAGAACUCCACCAUGCACUUCAUCUACACUCGUUCUGGGUUUGAUUGACUCUGUCCCGGGGAUUUUCGAUACACCCAACCAAUCAUCGAACCAUCCUUCGGCAAUUCGACCAGCCUCCUCUUCUCUCUACCAAUCAUCUCCUCUGAAAUGCAUCAUUCGGCAGUUGAAAUUU